GAAAAAAUACUUGGAAGAUUCAGUAUAACAGUCAGCAGACGAGAUCUUACUCAAGCGUAAAGUUUUAAGUGCUCGAGAAUGGGAUCAAGUACGGAUUGGAAUACUGAUACUCCACAUAUUUUGAAAUUUUAUAAAAAUUUGCUUGGCAUAAUUGGACUCUGGGUAUUAGAUGAUAAAAAUGUAUUCUCGAGGAUUCGAUGGUUUAUAUCGACGAUAGUGGAAAUGAGUACCUUGAUCACCAUGUCAUUAGAAAUGAUUCGACAUUGUAAUGGUCAUGAGGAUGCCAUGGAUGCUUUUCUACUAUGCUUAUCGUCAAUAACUAGUAUGGUAAAACUGCUUUUGCAUCGCGUAUAUUGGAGACAAAAAUUUAUUCUAAUGGAAUCGGUCAUCCAUGAUUGGACUUACGUGAAAAAUUCUCACUCUCGCGACAUCAUGAUAAAGUAUGCGCGCAUAGGUAAACUAGGCUCUUCGAUAUUUUUAUAUAUCGGUUAUGCCUCGAUCAUAUUCGUCGUUUCCACUUUCGUGUUCGCUAAUAUUGAUUUGUCUUCUGAAAAGCAAAUUUUUAAUGAAACGUACCAAAGAAAACUGAUGUUAGCGACCUAUUGCGUCUUUGGAAAAUAUACAUCUUCUUUCGCUAACAGCGCCAUUGAAGCUUUACAGUUCGUACAGAUCGUCGUUAACGUCAUUUCGCAGUGCGGGAAUGACGGGUUCUUCUUUGAUCUCACGAUGCACAUGUGCGGGCAAUUUGCAAUUCUCCAGAUGAACUUUACUGAAUUGGGUUGCGAAGAAUUUUCCUACCGCACUAAACUCAACAUCUUAUUAAAGAGACAUUAUCAUCUUAUAUAUUUGUCGCAUUAUUUAGAGAGAGCAUUCACUCUGGUCAUCUUGGCACAACUUUUGAUGAGCGUCCUUGUCCUGUGUGUCGAAGGUUUUCUUUUACUUCUCUCGCUUGAAAUAAACGAUACUUUUGCCGCCGCAAAACAUAGCAUCUAUAUUGUCGCACUGCUGGUGCAACUUUUUCUUUAUUGCUUGGCUGGGCAGACAUUGGAGUUCCAAUCGGAAGAAUUGGCCUAUGCAAUUUAUAAAUCUCCAUGGUACACUUUUGACCUGAGCAUGAUGAAAAAUUUACCACUAAUAAUUCUUCGAGCGGUUAAUCCUCAGCAACUAACUGCAGGAAAGUUUGUAGCAAUAAAUUUGAUGACUUUUAAAGAAAUUUUAAAGGCUUCCGCCUCGUAUUUAUCAGUGUUAAGGGUAAUGAUUAAAACGUGAGUAAAAAUUUUUUUAAAAGAAAAGUAA